CGCGCAAAGUCCGUCGGUGAAAAGCAAGAGUGCUGAAGCCGCAGCAGGUUCCGCUCGCCACAAAAACCUGGACUUCGCUUGGAUCGCCAAGGCAAAUCCUCCCGCGGGCUCGCAAGAACCAGCGUCCUUGGCGAUUUUCCUUGCCCUCGCUUUGCAUCGCGGAUUCGGAGACCCUGUCAAAGUUCAGACGUCGACCGAGUCCCUUGACUAGGAAGCACAUGGGACAAACUGGAAGCGGAGGACCGGCCAUCAGGGACUCGCGGGCGCAGGAGGAGGAGAUGUGGCAAGCGGCUUGAGCCGCGCGGAAUCGGUGACAGCGCCGGCGCCGGCAGAAGCUCCAGUUUCAAAAUGCACGUAUUUGGGGGGCACCUUUCUCCCCCACAACUUCUUUUGAUGGGCAUGCCGCGCACUCUUCACGUGGGAUGAACUGACGCUUUGGGCUUUGACUAUGCAGUUUUCUUUCCCCAAGCAUCCCUCCCCACCCCCCACCCCCGCAACGCCCAGGAGUGAUGGUGCAAAUUUGUUUGAAAGAAGAAUAGCUUUCUUCUGGAGAGAAUCCAGCUUUCAAAAUGGGAGUCCAGUUUGCACUGCUUUUUGUCGGGAUUAUUGCGCUUGCUGACUCGGCAAGGGGCCCACCCAGAAUUGCUGAUAAAGUGAUCCACCGACAAUCUGUGAGGUUAGGUAGAACUAUCAAGCUCCUUUGUCCAGUGGAGGGUGAUCCCCCUCCUCUUACAAUGUGGAUGAAAGAUGGACGGACCAUCCACAAUGGGUGGACAAGGUUCCGGGUCCUCCAACAAGGGCUGAAAAUCAAGGAAGUGGAAAGUGAAGAUGCAGGAACAUAUAUCUGCAAGGCCACCAAUGGUUUUGGCAGCAUGAAUGUGAAUUAUACCCUCAUUGUGAUAGAUGAUGCCAGCUCAGGAAGGGAGAGUCUAGCACCUGAAGGUCCCAACAGUGAAUCUGAAGAUCAUUCUGGAAAGCUGUGGGCUCGACCUAGGUUCACCCAGCCUGCCAAGAUGAGACGGAGAGUGAUUGCUCGGCCCGUGGGGAGCUCAGUCCGCCUGAAAUGUGUAGCCAGUGGGAAUCCUCGACCUGACAUCAGCUGGUUGAAAGACAACAAGCCUCUUACCCCACAGGAGAUUGGUGAGAACAAAAGGAAGAAGUGGACGCUGAACCUGAAGAACCUAAAGCCUGAGGACAGUGGGAAAUACACCUGUCGGGUCUUCAACAGAAUUGGGGAGAUUAAUGCAACCUACAAAGUUGAAGUGAUCCAGAGAACAAGAUCCAAGCCAAUUCUUACAGGAACACACCCUGUGAACACAACUGUGGACUAUGGAGGGACAACUUCUUUCCAGUGCAAAGUGAGGAGCGACGUGAAACCUGUCAUUCAGUGGCUGAAGAGAGUGGAAUAUGGCACUGAGAACAAAUACAAUUCGACCAUCGACGUUGGGGGGCAGAAGUUUGUGGUGCUGCCCACAGGAGAGGUCUGGUCUCGUCCUGAUGGGUCCUACCUGAACAAACUCAUGAUUACAAGAGCCAAAGAAGAGGAUGCCGGGAUGUACAUCUGCCUAGGUGCAAACACCAUGGGAUACAGCUUCCGAAGUGCAUUUCUCACGGUGUUGCCAGAUCCCAAGCCACCCAAUCCACCGGUAGCACCUUCCUCCACUAGUAGUCUUCCGUGGCCUGUGAUCAUUGGAAUCCCUGCUGGAGCUGUCUUCAUCUUUGGAACCAUCCUCCUGUGGCUCUGCCAAACAAAGAAGAAACCCUGCUCUCCUCCAGUGGCAGCUCCCAUCCACAGACCACACCCCCGGGACCGGGUCUGCAUGCCCCAAGUCCCAGACAAGGACUGCAUCACCUCCAUAAACUAUGAGGAAUAUGUAGCACAGCAGCAGCAGCAGCACUUGCUGACCCAGGGGCCUGCCCUGGCCCCAGCCAUGGCUUCCAAAAUGUACCCAAAGAUUUACACAGACAUUCAUACUCACACUCAUUCACAUGUGGAAGGCAAAGUUCACCAGCAUCAGCACAUUCAUUACCAAUGCUAAAAGGCUGGGGUACAUGGUACUAAUCACAUGGUACUACACAGAAACUUCUUUGAGUCAGCGUAUACUGCCAAGGUCGAGGGGAAACCAAAAACCAAAAUGAAACCAAACCAAAAAUUUAAAAAAGCAAGAAAAGAGAGAUCUGAAGAAGCACGUGGAAUAAGGGUUUUGUUUUUGUUUUUUGUUUUUACUGUGACAAGGAAUAAUGAAGGAAUCCCAGGAGGGCAAAGUCAGUGGCUUGUGUGCCUAAAAAAUCAGAAACUCCUGUUGUAAAAGCAAGAAGAAGAAGGGAAGGAAGCCCGGGCCUGAUCAUCUUCCCUCUCUGUUGCUGUUUCUGCUCUUUGGCCAUCAACGAUAUGACUUCUUCCUUUGGAGCAUGCACCCAAGCCCCUUUCCUCCCAGAAGGCAUGGAAGUGAGAUGACACCAGAGGCCCAGUGCCAAAACAACACCAGACACUGAAGCAUUUCAGCGGCCUUAUAAACAAACAAAAACACCACUGACAAUUUCCGUGGGGUGGGUGGGAUAUUUCUAUUUAAAGUUGUGAAACGUCAUAAUGUUGCCUGACCAAGCUAGUCAUGAAUAGGCAUCCCUUUUUCACCAGAGGGCCUUCCUGUGAACCUAUAAAGGGCUUAGCUCCUCCUUCCCCAAACUACCACAAAAACGAAGGACAUUGUAUAGCUUGCUUUUAUAUUUAUAUUUAAUUAUAAUAAUGAUAAUAAUUGAACUGCUGAUUUUUUUAAAAAAAAUAUCCUAAUAUGCUGCCCUUAUCUGAGGCGUAAUACCUGUCAUCAGAUUUUCAUGGUUUAUGGUCAUAAGGUUCUGGGCUGACAAGUGACAAUACAAAGCAAGAUAAACAGUUUUGAAAUGAGAGAGUAUAAAAUCUGUCUCCAGGGAAGAAUGAAUUUGCUGACUAUGCACUUAUGGGCGGAGGGGGGAGGGAGGGAGGGGAUAGAAAGGGGGUCCAUUUUGUUCAUGCAAUCUCAUUUCAAUUCAGUUUUAAGAGAAAAAACACAGAAAAAUUGGACCAUAUUAAAUAUUCAAGGGGACUAGAAACUAAUUCAGUCAAAGAUCUAAACUUUUUUUAAUUCUAUAUAGAGUUUAAACAGAAGACAUGUAUAUUUAAUUUAUUUUGUUAAAACAAACAAAAAAAGAAAAAUGUAUAUUUUCCUCAAAAGCAGGCAUUUCUAUACAUAUUGUUGAUCAACAAAAUAAAGAUGUUUUCCCAGGUUCUCUAAA